UAAGAACGCCAUCUGUGAUCUCUCUCUCUCUCUCUCGUCCGACCACUCCCUGCUUCGGGUCGGGUUCGGGUGGCACGAGAAGCAAAUUGUCCCCUAUCUCUCACAGAAUCACAAAAACUGCGUAGGGUUCCACCACACGAUAAUUCCGAUCCACCCAUGGCAGACGGAUUGCUAUCCUCGUCUCAGCCAGCUCCAGCUACAUCCCCAUCCCCAACCCCAUCUCCAUUGCCAAACGCCUCCCCGCUUGGCCACUCGGUGAUACCGAUCGUCAACAAGCUCCAAGACAUCUUCGCCCAGCUAGGUAGCCAGUCCACCUUCGAGCUACCCCAGGUGGCCGUCGUUGGCAGCCAGAGCAGCGGUAAGUCCAGCGUCCUCGAGGCCCUCGUCGGCCGUGACUUCCUCCCCCGCGGCUCCGACAUCUGCACCCGCCGCCCCCUCGUUCUCCAGCUACUCCAGACUAAUAGCCGCCCUGACGCCACCGGCCCCGAUUACGAGUACGGCGAGUUCCUUCAUCUUCCGGGCAAGCGGUUCUACGAUUUCAACGAGAUUCGAAGGGAAAUCCAGGCUGAGACUGAGAAGGAAGCAGGAGGAAACAAAGGUGUGUCAGAUAAGCAGAUUCGUUUGAAGAUUUUUUCACCAAAUGUUCUUGAUAUCACACUGGUUGAUUUGCCUGGUAUAACAAAAGUUCCUGUCGGGGACCAGCCUUCUGACAUUGAAGCACGAAUUAGAACAAUGAUAAUGUCAUAUAUUAAACUCCCAAGCUGUUUGAUAUUAGCUGUUACCCCAGCAAAUUCAGACUUGGCAAAUUCAGAUGCUCUCCAGAUAGCUGGAAAUGCUGAUCCUGAUGGUUAUCGAACCAUUGGAGUAAUAACAAAGUUGGAUAUUAUGGACAGAGGUACUGAUGCUCGCAAUUUUUUGCUUGGAAAAGUAAUUCCUCUUCGGCUUGGUUAUGUUGGUGUUGUGAAUCGUUGUCAAGAGGAUAUUAUGCUCAACCGCAGUAUUAAGGAUGCCCUUGUGGCUGAGGAGAAGUUCUUUUGCAGUCGUCCUGUGUAUAGUGAUCUUGCGGAUCGAUGUGGCAUUCCUGAAUUAGCAAAGAAGUUGAACCAGAUUUUGGUACAACACAUCAAGGCAGUACUUCCAGGGUUGAAGUCACGGAUAAGUGCUGCACUCGUUUCUGUUGCAAAGGAGCAUGCUAGCUAUGGAGAAAUCACUGGAUCAAAGUCUGGUCAGGGAGCUUUACUUCUCAACAUUCUAUCAAAAUACUCUGAAGCAUUCUCUUCCAUGAUAGAGGGAAAAAAUGAAGAAAUGUCAACGACUGAGCUGUCUGGUGGUGCCCGAAUCCAUUAUAUUUUCCAGUCCAUAUUUGUGAAGAGUUUGGAGGAGGUGGAUCCAUGCGAGGACUUGACUGAUGAUGACAUCCGAACUGCCAUUCAGAAUGCAACUGGUCAUAGAUCUGCAUUAUUUAUACCAGAUGUUCCUUUUGAAGUUCUUGUUCGGAGGCAAAUAGUUCGUUUGCUAGACCCAAGUCUUCAAUGUGCUAGGUUUAUCUAUGAUGAGUUAAUUAAGAUGAGCCAUCGCUGUAUGGUCAAUGAACUACAGAGAUUUCCUGUUCUGAGAAAGCGCAUGGAUGAGGUUAUAGGGAACUUUUUGCGAGAAGGCCUUGAACCUUCAGAGACCAUGAUUGCGCACAUUAUUGAAAUGGAGAUGGACUACAUAAAUACUUCACAUCCAAAUUUUGUGGGAGGGAGUAAAGCUGUUGAAAUAGCAUUGCAACAGAUCAAGUCCCAUAGGGUAGCUGCACCCAUUCCUAGGUCAAAGGAUGCGGAUUCAGAUAAGACACCGACAUCUGAAAGAAGUCACAAGUCUCGUGGUAUUCUGGCCAGGGCAGUUAAUGGAAUUGUCCCUGAACAGGGAGUUCGGGCUGUUGCAGAUGUUGAGAAAACCACAUCCUCUGCAAAUGCAACUGGUUCAAAUUGGGGGAUGAAAUCUAUUUUUGGUGGUGCUGAUAGUCGCAUGUCUAUAAAGGAAUACUCAACAAACAAGCCAUUUAGUGAGCCUGUUCUCUGCAUGGACCAUGCCAUCUCUACGAUCCAUUUGAGAGAGCCUCCAACCAUCUUGAGACCCUCAGAAACCCGUUCAGAUCAAGAUGCUAUUGAAAUAGCGGUUACAAAACUACUAUUGAGGUCAUAUUAUGACAUUGUCAGAAAGAAUAUUGAGGAUUCUAUACCAAAAGCAAUUAUGCAUUUUCUGGUGAACCACACAAAAAGAGACCUGCACAAUGUUUUCAUUAAUAAACUUUACAGAGAGAACCUAUUUGAGGAGAUGUUGCAGGAACCAGAUGACGUGGAACUGAAGCGAAAGCGCACUCGAGAGACACUCCGAGUUCUUCAACAGGCUUUUCGGACAUUGGACGAAUUGCCCCUAGAAGCAGUGACGGUGGAAAGGGGGGGUUACACACUUACUACUGACACAACAGGCUUGCCAAAGGUUCACGGGCUACCAACAUCAUCCUUGUACUCAACAGCCACCGGUCCCUACACGGCUGGAUGGGCAGCUUCUCCUAAAAACCCAAAGUCUGGUAGAUCUGCUCACUCGGGGGCAGGGGAGCAGCUGCAGUCAUCUUUUUCCGCAGAUUCCAACGGAGGAGGACGGAAUUCCAUCACAGGAAUUUACCGUUGAUUGUUUAACCGUUUGAAAGAAUUGACAUAGGCCGAGCAAGCUUUGCCGUGGCGGUACGCAUUUAUGUGAGCUUCAUUGUCUUCUUCUGGGUCUGGCUUCACCGGUUUCCAAAGCAAGGUGCUAUAGCCAAGUCAGAUGUUAACCAUUGCUUACGUCUUACCUCGUGUGUCUCCUUUUUUAUUUAUUUGAUAUAUUAUUUGAUAUUUAAUUAAUUACAAAUGCAAAAUGCGUUAUUGUUUAUGAAGCCCCAAAAGGAAAAACAAGAGCUCAGUUGAUCCUGUCGUGUUGGAAGUGUUAAUUUUUAUUAUUAGUUGCAGUUACUUGGAAGCGGGAA